AUCAUACUCUCUCGAUAUUUCGGCCUGGGUAGCUUGCUUUGAACCUCUACUGCCAAAUAGUGAUACUCUCUAAUUAGCCCGACAGCUCCCUUAUAAAGCUCACACUGUCACAGGCUCUUUCCUUUUCCUCCUCAUCGUGAACCGGGAACCGCAUAUAAAAAUAGCUUUACUUAGUUCUCAUCAUGCAAUCAGGCAUCACUGGUCAGUCCCUCUUGAGCACAAACAUUCCGUUCUAAAUCCCUGCUAAUGGUGUGGAUAUUUAAUUUAUAGCAUCCCUAGAACUUCUGGAUACUUUUCAAGCGGUUGUCUCAGAUCAUAGCGUGCGCGGCCUUAUCGUUGGAAUCGAAAACGAAGCUCUUGUGUCUAAGAAAACCCUCCCCUCUGCCGGCUCCUUUGAUGAGGACCUCGGCCAAUUGGACGGGCUUCUGCAGGAUAACCAGCCAGCCUAUAUUAUUCUACGAAGGCGGGAUGGCGAUUCACGUGUUGCGCCAUUUAUCUCCGUUGCUUAUGUUCCCGACGUAGCAAAUGUGAGGCAGAAGAUGCUGUUUGCGUCGACUAGGAAUACCCUUCUCAGGGAGCUCGGGUCGGAUAGAUUUGGGGAGUCUAUAUUUGCUACUACAAAGGACGAAUUAACCGUGGAAGGGUUUAAAAGACAUGACGCUCACCUAGCAAAGUACGGUGCCCCUCCUGAUAGCCCAUGUGGUAACCCUGGCUAAAGGUUUUGCAGGCCGGCACCACUUACGGAGGAGGAAAGAAUCUUGAAGGAAGUUAAAGAGGCGGAGGCGGAAGCAUCGACAGGGGCAUCAACGAAGAAGGCCACUAGCAGGGGAGUGCUGACGCCUGUGACCGAGGAGGCUCUCGAGGCCCUGAGAAACCUAAAGUCUGGGGGAUUUAUCAAUUUGGUGCAGCUGGUAAGCCCUUCCUCUUUUAUAUAGCAUUGGAAUAUACUAAUCUUUGGUCCUCGAAGGCCGUAAAUAUCGAAAAGGAGCAGAUAGAGCUCGCCAGUGCGAGCACCGCUGCCAUUGGCGAUUUCACUAGGGUUAUUCCCGACGAUACCCCACGGUAUUCUUUCUUUUUGUUCAAUCGUACGUCUUCCUUCUCUCUCAAUCAGCGGAUAUAGCUCUGACAACCUGGUAGAUAUGUUUGAAGGACAGCAAGAGUCUCCGAUAGGUAGUCCCGAAACUUCUUCCUUUGCUGCACAGUGGUAUCUAAUGUGUUUGUAGUAUUUAUCUACACUUGCCCGCCUCAGAGUAAGAUCAAGGAGAGAAUGAUCUACGCUGCUUCUCGUGGCAGUGUGGUGGCUUCGGCUGAGACGGAUGCCGGUCUCACGAUCGCUAAAAGGGUAAGUAUCAGGAACUCUUCAGGGCACCUAGUCGCUUGUGGCCCGGAGAUACCUUUGCUAAUGGUUUAACAGUUGGAGGCUUCAUCCGCCAGUGAUGUUAGCGAAUUGCAACUCCUCGAGGAGUUUCAUCCCAAAAAGGAAGAGAAAGAAACUUUCUCAAGGCCAAAGAGGCCAGGACGCAGAUAGCAUUUCCCCUAAGGUCGGUGAGAUUAGACGCGAACAGUGCUAUGAAGGUGAAUAAAGGCCAAGAUACUCUAGUCUCGCAAACCUGCCCUAAGAAGAAAAUGAUUAUGUCUCGAGCGGUGAGCUAUAUAUAUCAUAUGAUGGGUAAAAGUGGUGGUGGCCGGAUGGAUGUGAGUGCGGUAGCGAAUAAGCUUGUACCGUACUGUACUGUACAGUACAAUACCUGCGCCUGUGCAUUCGCGGUUGUCAUUCCACCUAUCAUACAACCUUCAGGGAACAUCCUCUACGAGUACUCGUGCGGGCGAUUUGGAGCUGGACAGCUAAGGUGGCAAUCCCCAUGCAGGGUUUCCAACCUCAAACGCACCGCGCCAGCAAUUGCGCUCGUACAGGUAACUUAGCGGCACUCGCACCAUAAUAAUAUCGACACUUGACACUGCCGGUAUGAUACAAAGUCCCAUGCAAGUUAUAAUACCUAGAAAUAGGAUAGGAUAGAUCUAACCAACCCGUCCGAUUGGGUUCUUUCCAUCCUUCUGCCCCAAACACUCCCGUCCGGUAACAAUCAAGUAUCCUCAACAAGGCGGGCGGGAUGGAGGGAAGACAGAAAGAGAGCCAAAAAGAACGAGU